UAUGAUUUGAAGGUCAAGUAAUAAACUAGAUAAUUAAGUUGUAUCUAUUAUGUUCUUUUUUAAAACUACAAAUCUAACCAGAAGAGCUUGAGGAAUGGAAUGCAAUACUCUACUUUGAAUUAUAGCGGACACGUUUGAGUGUAAUUACGUUUCACCUAACCCAGUGAAAAAUGGGUUUUGGCUGGAGUAAAAAUAAUAAAAAUAUUUUACAAGAUGAAGAAGGAAGACCAUUUGGAAAAGAAGCGGAGUUCACAAUAAAUGGAAAGACGCAAUCAGUUUCAGGACAAGAUAUACUACCGACCAUGCCCUUAGUUAACUUUAUCCGAGAAAGGACAAACUUGAUGGGGACGAAGUUCAUGUGCAGGGAAGGAGUAUGUGGAGCGUGUAUCGUUUCUGUAACAUCAAUUCAUCCAGCCACUGGAAAGCCAAACACAUUUGCCGUGAAUUCUUGCCUUAUACCAGUAUUAGCCUGUCAUGGUUGGUCCAUUUCAACUGUGGAAGAUCUAGGAUCACGGACAUUAGGCUAUCACAAGAUUAUUAAAAGAUUAGCUGCAGCCAAUGGAUCACAAUGCGGCUACUGCAGUCCAGGGAUGGUCAUGAAUAUGUAUAGUCUUUUAGAAAAAAAUCCUAAAAUGACAAUGAAGGAUGUUGAAAAUUCUUUUGGUGGAAAUAUCUGUCGAUGUACUGGCUAUCGACCAAUCUUGGAUGCAUUUAAAUCAUUUACAUCUGAUUGUUCAGCUUCACUGCAAACUAAAUUAGCAGACAUGGAAGAUCUUAUGGAUGAAUCCAAGUAUUGCUCUAAAGAAAAAUAUCAUGCUAACAAAAGAACACCAAAACCUUAUGUUAAUCGCUUGCAGUUCGACCUUAAAGAAGGAGGUACUUUCUGGUUCAGACCUGAUCAAUUAAAAGAGGUUUUCCAAAUACUAGACAUGAUUGGUAUUAAACACUAUAGAUUCAUUUCUGGCAACACUGGACAAGGUAUUUACCAUAUACGCAUUGAACCAGAGGUAUACAUUGACUUAAAUGCAGUACCAGAGCUUCAUGCAGUGAGUACUACUCCAGAGGGCAUCUCAAUGGGAGCCAGUGUCAACCUGACCGAAGCCAUGGAAUUCUUUUACAAAAUGGCUUAUGAACAACCAGCAAAGUUUGAAUAUUUAAAGGCUCUGGCGGAUCAUUUUGAUAUGAUUGCCAAUAUACCAGUUAGAAAUACUGGAACCUUAGGAGGAAAUUUAUACAUGAAGCAUAGUAAUCAUGAUUUUUCAUCUGAUAUAUUCAUUCUUCUGGAAAUGGUCAAUGCUGAGCUUGUAAUAGCUGAUUUUUAUGGAGAAAAAAUAACUGUUGGACUACUAGAUUUCCUCAAAACAGAUAUGAAUAGAAAAAUAAUUAUUACAAUAUUACUUCCGAAUUUGGAUAACAGGACAUAUUACGUUCGUACAUUCAAGAUAAUGCCUAGAGCUCAAAGUGCCCAUAAUUAUGUAAAUGCUGGUUUCAUGUGUAAGAUGGAUAAGAAAAGUUAUAAUAUUCUUGAGAAACCCAAUCUCGUAUUUGGUGGAAUUAAACCAGAUUUUAUACAUGCCAAGAAUACUGAAGAGUAUCUGACAGGUAAAACGCUGAUUGAUCCAAAUGUUCUGAAAGAAGCACUGAAUAUCCUAGAGUUAGAACUGGAGCCAGAUCAUAUCUUGCCUGAUGCAAGUCCUGAGUAUCGAAAAGGUCUAGCCCUCUCUUUGUUCUAUAAGUUUGUGUUGUCUGUGGCACCAGAUAAAGUAAAAAAAGAUUACCAAAGUGGUGGUCCACUAUUGGAGAGACCUGUUAGUCAGUCUAAACAAACUUUUGACACUGAAUCUUCUGUAUGGCCCCUAAGCAGACCCGUUCCAAAAAUAGAAUCUAUCAUACAGUGUUCAGGAGAAGCUCGGUAUGCUAACGACUUGCCGAACAUCCCUGGACAACUCUGGGCACAGUUGAUUUUGGCUGACAGAGGUGGGGCAGUUAUCAUUAAAGUAGACACAGAAGAAGCAUUAAAAAUAGAAGGAGUUGUCGCUUUUUACAAAGCUGAAGAUAUUCCAGGAGUAAAUGAUUACUAUCCAGCUACUAUGAUAUUAGUAAAAGAUGAUAGAGAAUUGAUAUUUGCGGAAGGAAGGGCCAAUUAUGCUGGAGAACCAAUCGGCGUUAUCAUCGCUGAAUCUGAGGAUUUAGCUAUGAAGGCUGCAAGUAAGAUCAAAAUUGAGUAUCUUUACCAACGAAAAGUUAACAUAGACCUACGUCAAAUUAUUAAGGGGCCUGACAAAAAAAGAACAGUAGAAUUCCCGAAGCCACUAGAACCUAAAAGACGUGGAACUGAAAUUAGUCAUGAAAUCAAAGAUACUUGGGAAAUGAAAUCCCAAUAUCAUUAUGCAUUGGAGUCCCUCACUUGUGUUGCCAUUCCAAAAGAAAAUGAGUUGGAUUUGUACCCGGCGACUCAAUGGCCAGCAGCUCUUCUUGAAGUCAUCAGCAAUGUUCUAAAAUUGCCUCAAAGCAACAUCAAUAUUUAUGUAAGGCACCUAGGAGGAGGUAAUGGUAUGAAAAUUAUUAAAUCCUUCCAUGCAGCAGCCGUAACAGCAUUAGCUGCACAUCUUUCAAAUAGACCAGUCCGUUUGGUAGUCCAAAUGCAUAAUAGUAUGGAUUUCAUUGGCAAACGAUUCCCAAUUGCUAAUGACUAUGAUGUUGGAGUUGAUGAUAAUGGAACCAUUCAAUACCUAAAAUCUGAGAUCUAUCAGGACACAGGAUAUGUAGACAAUGACUCGGUCCUGUCCUUCACCAUUGAACAUGUAAAGAAUUGCUAUGACAGUUCGGCCUGGGGUAUUAAAUGUUUUUCAGUUAAAACAGACACUGCUAGCAAUACAUAUUGUAGAAGCCCUGCUGUAACAGAGGGAGUCUGCAUUAUAGAGAAUAUUAUGGAGCACAUAGCAGAUAAAGUAGGAAAAGAUCCAAUAGAUGUUAGGAUUGCAAACAUGCCAACAGAAGAAAACCCUUUUCCAGCUCUAAUAGAAGAGUUUUUGAAAUUGUCCGAUUACAGAAAAAGAGAGAAAGACAUAGAAGAAUUCAACAAGGUUAAUAGAUGGAAGAAACGUGGAAUCGCUUUGGUACCUAUGACAUAUCCCCUUGAAUAUUUUGGUAACUUCCAUGGAAUUGUUUCAAUUUUUGCAUCUGAUGGUACAGUGUCCAUAACUCACGCAGCUAUAGAAAUGGGACAAGGGAUCAACACAAAGGUUGUUCAAGUGGCUGCUCACGUCCUUGGUAUAGAUACAUGGUAUAUUAGAGUUAAACCAACAAAUACCAACCUAACACCCAAUGCUUUUUCAACUGGUGGCAAUGUAGGAUGUGAAAGUGUUUGUUUCGCUGUAAAAAUGGCUUGUGAUGAACUGAAUAAAAGAUUACAGCCAGUGAAGGUGGAACUUGGUAACAGAGCGUCUUGGGUAGAUAUCUGUCGUAAAGCUUUAACUUUAGAUAUCAACUUAACUGCAUCACAUAUGGCAACUUCAGCUGAUUUGAAACCCUAUGAUAUUAAUGGAAUUACUGCACUUGAAGUAGAAGUGGAUAUAUUAACAGGUCAACAUCAAACAUUAAGAGUGGAUUUGCUAGAGGAAGCUGGGAUUUCGAUAAGCCCUGACAUAGAUAUUGGGCAGAUAGAAGGGGCAUUCGUUAUGGGCAUGGGUUAUUAUACCUGUGAAGAAUUGAAAUAUUCAAAAGUAGGAAAACUUCUUACCAACAGGUCUUGGCAUUAUGUACCUCCAGGUGCUAAGGACAUACCAAUUGACUUCAGAAUCACAUUGAAAAAAAAUUCAGCCAAUCCCCUUGGUGUUUUUAAAUCUAGAGCACGGAAAAAAGCUGCCACCCCUGCUCCCGAAACGGAAGAACCUCUUAUUAAGGAGACCACAAGUACCCAAUUUUUACCCACUAGUGAUCCUUCUCUCUGUAUGAGCUGUGCCAUUUUAUUUGCUAUUCGAAAUGCCCUUAAAUCAGCAAGAAAAGAUGCUGGUGCAGAGGAAACUUGGUUUAAAAUAGAACCUCCCUACACUGUUGAAAAAAUCUGGCUUGGAGCACUAAAUACAACGGAGAUGUUCAAAAUUUAAUUUUGUAUCUACUGUGGAUAUAUUAAAGAAAAUAUAUGCAAAUAAAAGAAUAAAAUUGUUUUUGUGUUAAUC